GCUUGCGAAGACUAACGGCUUUAUACGAUAAGUAAGGAUGCUUGAGACUAAUGGUACAAAUGAGAUGAGAGAGCCGUCGAACGCGACCGAUGUUACCGAUUCUAUUUUGUACAACACCGUGUCGGCCGGCGACCUCGGGGCCACGGUGGUACCCGCGAGCAUGGCGAGCGCCUACAACGAGACGUCCACGGCGUACGCGGAGCUGGCGCAGGAGAGCGACAACAAUCAACGCGUGUGGAAUCUGUCGAGGACCGCCGUGACGUCGUUGAUCGAGCCGACCACGAUACCGUUCGAUACGUCGGGAGGUACCACCACAAUGCACACACCGACCACAACCUCCGACUCCUUCGACGAGUUCGGCCCGCCCGAAGGAGUGGAGUACAUUUUCGUGCCACUCGGUGUGGUGGUGUCGGUUAUAAUACUAUCAGCAGUGGUAUGGGUACUAAUUAUAUCGAGGAAGCGGAAGUUGGAGCGUCUAAGACACAGACUCAUGCCGAUGUACAACUUCGACCCCGGGGAAGAGGAGGAGGACGACUGGGAGACCGAGCUGCUGGACGAGUGCUACAGUACACAUCAGAGACGACAAGGAUACCAAUCCAUGGAUACCGAGGAAAAUGCUGAACUGUUCAGCGGUCACUAAUAGGCACACACACACACACACACUUUUAAAUAGCCACCCUUUCAUCAUACUUUAUACGCCAUAAAUUUAUCGAUGUCCUUUAAUUAUUUAUUGUAAUUUUUAUACUUGAAACUGGGCUCUCAAUUCUAACGGGACUCACGGGCCCUAAUCACCGCACAAGAGCUACAUGUUUACUUAUACAGAUUCCUGAAAGUUCAAGUUUCCGAUAAACGUAAGCGGUAUUUACAUUAGACAUAUCUACGUAUUCGUGUGUACUUGACAAUUCCACUUACCACAAACUAGUUCUCUGUAGUCGUUUCGUUUGCGCGUCGACUUCGAUCUCGCCAAUUAUUUUAUCGAAAUUGGAUUGCAUCUUACAAGCGUUAACAAACUUUUAUCAAGUAAAAGUAAGUCAGGUAAAAUAUGUAUAUAUUAUAAAACAGACGAUCAUUCUAUACAAACACACAUACAUAUACACUCUGAUCUCUGCGCGAACAAUUUCCUAAUAGAAAAUAUAAAUAUAAAAUUUUUCACAACUUCA